ACUGUCCCUCAACGGAUGACCAUGCUAUGAAAAUUCCUCGAAUCUUACAAUACUGAUUUGAGGUCUAACGGUAUCUUUAAUAUACAAGAAUAUACUAGUAGCUUGUCGUGCGCAUGGGUCAAAAAUCCCACGAUGUGCCCAUCACAUCACUAUCAGCGGUAGCGGCUUCAGUUGCGCGUGGCCAUCGCGGGUGCUUACAUGCGUUGUGAUACGUUUCGUCUGUCAGUUACUAUAAACAAACCGUGUGAAUCGUAUUGCGAUCGCGUUUCACCGCGUGUAUCGCUAACAAGCCGGUUCGCGAAUUUCUCGAUUGCAUGGUGACACACAUGAAGGAUUUUAACGCGGUUUCGAAUCCUGCCGGCAUGUCCACGUACGUUCGAAACACUGGCAGUCAUUUGUCUACUUUGACAAGAUUCUUGGGCGUGUGUACUGCGAUUGUUGUGUGCGGCGUUGGCGCGGAUGUGGCGUAUCACGGACACGUCAUUGGGUUUUACGUUACCCUCUGGUUUGAUAUUCUUCUUGGAGAUCACUUGGGCCAUCACCCUGUUCGUGCAAAUCUGCGUCAGGCGAUAUUUUGUUUCAGAAACGACGAGUCUCUUUGUUCGUGCUGUUGGUCGGCGGUACUGGCGAUAACAAGGGGUUGGCGGAGGGCAUUGUUUUAUCUACCGCUAUCCUGCAUUUUGGCAUGGAAACCGCACAGUCUUUGGUUGUCCUACGUCGCUGCUGGACUGUUGGCAGUGCUAUCCCUGCUGCAUAUUACGUCAAGCGCUCUGGAGAACCGCGGCUCCUGCCACAUGAGCAACGCGACGGAUUCGGUGGGCGAAAGUCUCCUCAACACCAGGCCGGAGAAUUAUGACCGCUUCGAGGAAGUUCUGGUGACGGAAGUGCUGGACGACGGGGUGUCGGGACCAACUGGCCGGGUCGCCGAUAGCGACGGGGAAAUAUGACACGAGCGUCAGCCCUCGUGGGCGAGCGAGUCCGACGAGGACAGUGAACCGGAACAAAGGACAUGUCAGAUAGCGACGUUAUCUUAGUCGCGUUGAUGCUGGGGGUGAAACAGGAGAACGUCGCGUCGCCGGUGUCUCUCGUCUCGGGGCCAAAACUCGAGCUUCCUACUCGUACGCGGCGCGUCUUCCUGGAAACGUAAUGCACAUCGAGGGAGGAGGAGGAGGGUCCGCGGGAGGAGAAAAGUUUCGCUGGGACUCUUUGGCGAAAGUUGGAAAGUGUCAAAGGCCCACUCGUUUAAUCGUCGCAUCCUUUGCGAGUUUAAUUCGUUCGCUGCAAUUUUAAAUGUUUCCAAGAUUCUACAAGUGUUUCUUCCAUUAAGAUUUGUUUUACGAAAAUUAGUGCAGUUAUAGAACGAGAAAUGAAUGUUGUUGGUUGCUCGAGUGCAGCGAAACGUGUUAAACUCUUAAAGACCGUGUUUGUGUAGCUGAAAUUUUCUACGAAUCGAUGUAUGCUACUUGGAUUGUCGCGUAGGUGUUAGAUUAGAGAAAGGGGAUGUUUCUGUGAAUCGGCCUUAGAUCGUUUAGAGUUCCUUUCGAUAAGUAUACGUAAACCGGAUGUUGAUUGAAAGAAUGCUGUUUCCGAGAAGUUACAAAUGAAUGUUUCGAUUACGUUUUCAAACUGAUCGAUUGCAAUUUAAUAAUUAGGGGAUCUAACUUUUAUUACGAAUAGUAUAUUAUUUAUAAAUGAAAACGUAAUUGUGGAAACUAUAACUAGACUGCGGAUCUUUGUGCGAAAUAAAAUAUUUGUGGUAUCAAUUUAAAAAAUAUGUCUUGGACGAACAUUUGUUUGAUCAAAUUAAAAUCCGCAGUCUAAUGAUAACAGCUUAUAGAAGGUAGAGUAAGUGUUUAUAUUUAAAUAGCUAUGCAAUUCUUCGGAAUAAACACGUAAUAUCGUAAUUAUUUGUAUUAAAAGUUUUCAUUAUUGACUAAAUGAAAACAACUUAUUUUUGCUAAGUAGUUUAUAGAGAAGUGAAAUUUAUUUAUUUAUGAGUUUUCUCACCGUUACUUCGUUCGUUGAUAACAAGAGAUUGUACUAAGUACGGGAUUAGAAUUUUUAAACGUCGAAUAAAUUUGAAUGGUAUUUAUA